AUGAGGGGAUUGGUGAAGCAUUUGAAGUCCGGUGCCGGAACGCUGUUGCUGAGAGACGGAGUGAAAGGGGUUUACAUUUACGAGCUUUUUAAUAAGGAAGGAGCGGGAAGAAAUUGGGGGCUUUUGUAUCCGAAUGGUUCAACGAAGUAUGAUGUUGAUUUCUCCGAAGCUUCACGUUCGAGUUUGGUGAAUUGGAUUAACGUGGCGUUUUUGUUGAUCGUCGUCAUUGAGUGUGUCUGCUUGGUAGAUGAAUUGGCUAAUCGAACAAUGCGGCCAUGUCUCUCAAAAUGCUGUCAAAGUACAGGCUCAAGAAUUGACGAAAGAGGACUUCAAAGGCUCCAAGGUCACUUCUUUAUUCAAGCAGCCAUUGCUUUGGCCAAAAAGGAAGGUCUUCUUGUUUUCUUGGACUUGGCCAGUUUUAAGGUAUUUUAUUUCCGCUACUACUAA